ACCUGUGCUGUACAAAACUAUGCAUGGGGGAAACUUGGACUGGACAGUGAGGUGGCUAAACUGGUGGUCGGUGGGGACCCACUUGCAGUAAUAGAAGAUAAAAAGCCCUAUGCAGAGCUGUGGAUGGGUUCCCACCCUAAAGGCGAUGCUCAAAUUAAAGACAACAGGAUCGCACAGACCUCCUUGGGCCAGUGGAUCGCCCACUACCCAGCCUGCCUGGGCUCCAAGGUGAAGGACGCCUUCCAGGGUCAGCUGCCGUUUCUCUUCAAAGUCCUCUCGGUCAACACAGCUUUGUCUAUCCAGGCCCACCCCAACAAGGAGCUUGCUGCCAGUCUCCACGCUCAGUUUCCAGAGCAUUAUCCAGACAACAACCAUAAACCAGAGAUGGCAAUUGCCCUCACGUGCUUCCAGGGUCUAUGUGGCUUCAGACCAGUUGAGGAGAUCCUGGCUUUUCUACAAUCGGUCCCAGAGUUCCACGCUUUGGUGGGACACGAAGCAGCAAAAGAGCUGCGGUGCAGCGUCGGCGAUGAGGUUCGUACAAGCCAGGCUCUGAAGAAGUGCUUCUCAAGGAUGAUGAGCUGCGAGAAGAAGGUGUUGGUGGACGAGCUGAACGAGCUGGUUAAGAGAGUUUCUGAAGAAGGCGCAGCAGGGAAGGACACAUCCCGCAGCGCUGGUGAGCUGUUGCUUCGCCUCCACUCCCAGUAUCCUGGAGACGUUGGCUGCUUCUCCAUUUACUUUCUCAACUAUGUGGUUCUGAAACCGGGUCAGGCCAUGUUCCUGGGAGCCAAUGAACCUCAUGCUUACAUUUACGGAGACUGUAUCGAGUGCAUGGCCUGCUCCGACAACACUGUGAGGGCGGGGUUGACACCCAAAUACAUCGACGUUAACACACUGUGUGAGAUGUUGAACUACAAACCAGCACCCGUCUCCUCCAAAAUCUUCCCCUGUGUCCAAGACCCCUCAGACCCCUGUGUAACCCUGUACAACCCCCCAGUGCCAGACUUCACUGUCCUAAAGAUACAGGUCCCGGCCUCGAUGAACACCUACACAGUUGCUUCAGUGGACAGCGCGAGCAUCCUCCUGGUGGUUGAAGGUGACGCUACAGCAACCUCUGCUGCCGCUUUUUCGGACCUCACAAUGAGACGUGGGACGGUCCUCUUUGUCUCGGCCAAUGAGAGUCUGUCCCUGCACAUCACCUCGCCGUCAGGGAUGACCCUGUUCAGAGCCUGCUGCCUCUUGUAGCUGGGACAGCUGUGU